UUUGGUGGGUUGGUUGGUUGGUGAAGGAUUUCAUUAUAUUUUACACGAUUCGUUCUCCUGUUACUUGCGAGAAUUCGAGUCUCUAAUACACAACUGACUGCAUUGCGAGACAAUAAAAAGACAUUUAUUUUGGAGUUGGUUUGGAUGGUCAGGUUUUUGUGGCAUGGCGAUGUUGGAUAGUUAAAUUCGCUGGUUAAAUUCCUAUUCUGCGCCGGAAAAACAGUAAUAAACUCUUGAAUCUGGAUAGUUCAAAAUCCAAAACUUUUUCUAGACUAAUGGUGGAAUUUUUGGUAAAAUCAACGGGUUAGUUAUACGGUUAAUACAAAGUUGCUUGCGAAGGGGAAAGCAGCUCUAAUUUUAUAGUUUCAUUAUCUUUCGAUCCUCUUGGUUAUCGGGUUAUCGUCUGCCGUCAUCAUUAGUCAUGAAACGUUGUAAAAAUGCUGACUAAUCAUCAGAAACGGCUGGAAUGACGAAGUUGACCAGCAACAUUGACGACAGCUUGUUUUUCGGAGUAGACGCUUCGCUUAUUUCAUCUGGAAGUAAGUAAUCGCCACCGCCAUUAACUGAACUCUACACAUCAGGAUAAGGGAAGUUUGAAAUAUUUUAAACCAAGCGCGAACAAAGCAGUUAAAAUGGACAUAGGAAUGGAGUUGGAUACUGCAACGAGCGACCUUAAUACACCCACACCGUCUACUGUACCAGCAAGUAAAGACGACGAUCCUCCUUCGCGACCUUCCCCCACCGCAUCCCCUGAAGAUAAGGUCAAGUGUGCCAUUUGUUUGGGAGAUUUGGUAAACCGGAGCUACAGUAAUUCGUGUAUUCAUCAAUUUUGUUUCGGCUGUCUUCUGGAAUGGUCAAAGGUUAAACCUGAGUGUCCAUUGUGUAAGAGUACGUUUAGAGUAAUCUACCACAACAUUCGAAGCAACGUCGACUUUGACGAAUACGUAGUGCCCACUCCUCCAACUCCUAUCCCAUCUUUGUCAAUUAGAGUUUCGUCAGGACGGUCGGAUCGCUCUCCUGAACUACUCAUCACGAGAGGAAAUCAUGAGUUUGAACUUCCUAAUUAUGGUGGCUUUCACUACAGGACUCCACCACUCUUCAGGGAUCCAAGGGUUUAUAGAUUGCAACUUGGUCAGUUCGGGAGCAGUCGAAAUGAUGCGAUCGAUGUAUUGCUUCAUGGGCAUCACGGUCACUCUAGUCAUUAUCCUCCUCCACACCCAAGCUCCGCCAGUUCUGUGUUUCAUGAAAAUCCAUUCAAUGAUGACCCUCCAGAAUUUUUUGGAGGCAUUCUUGAUUUGGCUGCUCGUGCGCCAUACAACCACUCGACUCGCUUUAGCGGUUAUCAAAGUAGACGCAGACGGUACGAUCGGAACCAAUGGGUUGCACCAUUCAGCUCUACGCUUAUGGUGGGUACCGUGUUUUUCCCAUCCGUGGAAUACUUUCAACAGCAUCCGGGCGCGAUAAGAAGAAUUUCUACGUGGCUCCACCGAGAACUUACCGUUUUAAUGAGUCUUGCUAGUUCAAGAACUCAGAUGGCAUACACUUAUGAUCUUGUGAUAUCUCUCCUACUCCGAUAUGAUAUACGAUCCCAGGACUUUCGAGAUUUGCUCAGACCUUACUUGGGAGCAAAAACGAAGCAGUUCCAACACGAAUUUUAUCAUUACGUAUUAUCUGGGAUGCGGAUGGAAGAAUUUGAUAACGUUGCCCAAUACCACUCGACAGGAGGUUCAUCUUCAGCAGUCAGGCCUGGUGAAAAUCCUCAUAAUGUGCAACCAGCCGUUGUUACAAUUGACUCUGAUGAUGAUACUCCAGAAAUUGUCAUUGAUGAUGAUGAUCCUGGUACCACAACUCAGAGCAGUAACCAUCAUCGGCCCCGUAGAUCACCCGGCAGGACUCAUUCUUCUUCCAGACGAAAUGGUGGUUCAAGUCGAAGAGGUCAUGAAUCUAGACACCGUAGUAGUGGUGGUGGUGGUGACAAUCAUUCAUCUUCGAGACCACUCAACUCUGGUGGAAGCUUCAACUUUCCUUCAAUUGAUAUCUCAUCAUCAGAAUCCACAGAACCAUUUAAUGCGUCAAGAUUGGACAUUGUUAAUGCAUUUAACGAAAUUGAUACGGAGGUUCAACGACUUCGUAAUAUUCAAUCCUCCAAUCGGUCGUCGAGAAGAUCACCCAAUGUGUCCCGUGAUCCAGAAAUGCCAAUUUUGGAACCACAAGUAGAUUUGAAUAAUUUGAGCAGUUCGGGAACUCCGAAUGUAUUUAGAAGAGCUCGCGACACAGAACCAACAACAACAUCACGACAUAUGUGGGACUUUAUUAAUGAUGUGGAUAUAAGUGAUAUACUUGAUGAACGACCUGGGCGUAGAUUCAUGGAUCUAGAACCUGAUGGUUCUUCAUAUCCACGCAUACCACAUCAUGAGACCGACAUGCAUAACUUGUUGGGAUUUUCUGCUCCGAGAGAAAAUCGUCCGCUAGGAAGCCCUGAUUUUCCCAUACUCCAAAUUAGGGAGAAUCGCGAGAGGAGACAUCGGGAACAGCAGCAGCAGGGACAACAUAAUUUAGCUGAAAAUGGGCAUACCUCAACGUCGUCUACCUCAAUGGAACGCCCAUCUUGCAUUCACAGCAGCAACACUAAUACCAACAAUGGCUCUGUGCAAAUACGAAUUUACCCUACUGCAGUGGACCUGUCACCAUUUGGACUUAAUCUAAGCAACAAUCGUAGUCGCUCUCCAGCCGGAGCCGCACGGCCACGCACUCCUGGACGACCUCCUUCACCAAUGAUGCCCGAUGAUGGCGAAUGUGAAUUUUUGGGGGUCCAUCCCAUUGUAAAAAAGCCACCAUUGGCAGUUAUUACACUUUCUUCGGAAGAUGAAAAUGAAGAUGGAAAUCAUAAUCAAACUUCAUUGCAGACUGAUAAUGUGAUUGAUGUUGAUCCCAUUCCGGGUACAUCAACUAAUCUGAUGCCACUAUCGGCUCUACCUUUUAAACGUCGAUACGUUGCUCCACCUCCAGAAUUGGAUGCAUUUCAAGCGGCUUUGUCUGCUUUGCCUACAGCCAACCUCGUAGAACGACACAUGGACUCUAUUCCUCCAUUCCGACAAAGACAUUCCAGUAAACAUAAAAAGAAGGAACGUUAUCGAAAUCCUGCCUUUGAGUUGCAUUCAUCUCCUCCUCACAAAUCUAAAAAACAAUCAUCUGAAAUUGAGAGUUUAGAAAGUACUGGAUGGUCACGAGCAGCAGCUUCUGCUAAGAAAAGGAAGCAGUCUGUUACCGCUUCAAAAUCCUCUUUGACUGGAAAAAAGAAGACUGUUAAUACUCGUUCUACUAAGGUUAAACCAUGGCUUUUAGUAGAACCCUCCGCAUCCUCAUCUCCAUCGAUGAACUCCGGCACUGAAUUAAAAUUGGACUCGUCCGCUGAUAGUGAUAGUGACUUUGACGUCUUUGCAUCAAGAAUCAAAAGCAAGAAGCAAAAGUCCCCAAAGAAGAAGACUAAGAAGUCUAAGAAAUCAUCAAAGUGUAAAAGUAAAAAAGGAUCGAAAAGAAGCAGCAGCCGUACAAUGUCUUCCUCAAUGUUGAAACCUGAAAAGCAUGCAACUUCUUCCACUUUCACCAACAAUCCUGCUCUUUCUGGUUCUAGUUCUAACAGGCUGAAAUCUGUGGUAAUGAAGGUGAACAAGGGAAAAAAGAGCAGUAAAAUUAAGUUGACGCCCUCGCUUAUAUUUACGUCGUCUGAAUCGUCCUCCAGUGACGAGAAAACGUGUCGUAGUGUGAUGUUUGACGGUGGUAUGGUUGCAAGUAGCAGUGGGUCAUUGACAACAGCAUCAUCUUCCUCCGCUACUACCAUCGUGGGUGGGACCUCAGGAUCUAGUCAAAGCCAAGAGAUUCAAACCCCAUCUUCUGCAUUAGACCUGUCAUCAACAGGAACGAAUUCAAAUCACUUGAGCCCAUUUCUCGGACCAAUUUCAACCAGUAUCAUGAAGAGAAGAAUUUUGUCUCGUCGUUGGGAAUCGGAUGAUGAUGACAACGACGAGCAAGAAGACAAAAUACUGAUUUCUGAGAACAAUGACGAGGCUUCGGAUUCUGGGUCCGUGGGAAGAUUCAAUGAACACCAAGACGACCCGGAUAAUAGUGAUGAUAGUGAUUUUUCUAUUGCUCACCACGGCUCCAGGAAUCACAAACGGCUACGAAUUGAUGGCGACGAUGAUGAUUUUUGAGGAAUGAUCACAAAGCUGGCUACGGAGAUGUCUUUAUCUGACUGAAAUGCAGCUGGCGAAUCUUCUCGGAACAAGACUGUGUACACAGGUACAUUCAUUUAAAAUAAUAUACUUCCUACUUAUCCGAUAGCGUUUACACCCAUUUAAAAUAUUUGUGUUGCAUUUACGAGAUUUAAGUUUUCGGUUUAUAUUAUAUUUACUAUAUUUACUGAAAUUAAAAGAGACAUAUGUGGUAAAAUAUAGACGUGAAGUAAUAAUAUUUAACUGAUAAUUUAGUGACAAUGAAAAAUCAAAGUGUACAUAUUAAUACGAAAGUGGUGUGAAAGAUGUUAAUAAUAUUAACGAUCUUAUUUUCGAACGGGCGUAAUAUUGUGAUUUUAUUUAAAGCAUUUUAAUCAUGAAAAAGCACAAUAAAGACGUUAUGAAUC